UAUAUUAAAUCACAGCACAUACGUUAUAUAUCCUAAAUAUGGUUGGAUGGAUACAUACAGAUAGAUAGAACGCUACAAGAUCAAACUAUACACAGAAUAAACCGAUAUCAAAGAACGCCAACAUUCAAACUCAAAAUGCCAAGACAUCUAUCAACUAUUUUCUGUGUCACUUUUGUUUGUAUAAAUGUUUUCCCUUUGUACAUACUAGUUAAGAUUUUCUACUUCUCGGGCAACUCUACGCGCAUGGCCGAAGAAGCACCACUGUCCCCGAUGGUCCAGUUAAAUCAUAGAAUAGGCAACCAGAUGUUUAUGUACGCCUCGACGUUUGGCCAUGCGAGGGCGCAGCACAGGGUGCCUGUUUUCAUUGAGGCAAGAAAUCUCUCGCGCAUGGCCGAAGAAGCACCACUGUCCCUGAUGGUCCAGUUAAACCAUAGAAUAGGCAACCAGAUGUUUAUGUACGCCUCGACGUUUGGCCUUGCGAGGGCGCAGCACAGGGUGCCUGUUUUCAUUGAGGCAAGAAAUCUCUCGCGCAUAUUUAAGAUCACCAGCCGCAGAAGAAUGAAUAGCUUCAAACGUUGGCGCGUCUUUAAGGAGUCGUCGUAUGCCAAGUUCGACUCAAAGCUUAGAAAAUUUCCUGAAACAAAUAUCUUCCUCCUGGGAUUUUUACAGAGCUGGAGAUAUUUUCACAAUGUAGACGAUGAAAUUAGGCGGGAAUUUACAUUUGUGCCUUCCAUACAGAAAAAAGCAGACGUUGUAAUUUCAGACUAUCGUUCUAACGUGACAAAUCACGUUCUAGUUGGCGUUCACGUUCGACGUGGCGACUUUCUUUUACCGUUUUCUUGGCAUCACGGUUAUCGCGUUGCAAAGGCGUCAUAUUUUGUGAAGGCUUUUGCUAAAAUGAGGUCAUUAGUACCUAAUAAAAACCUUACAUUUUUGGUGGCAAGCGACGACUUGCCUUGGUGUAGAGACAAUAUUAAAGAUGCAAGCGUUAAAUUUUUACCCAACAUGACUGCUGAGAUUCACCUUGCGGUUUUGUCUAGAUGCGAUCACGUGAUAAUCACAGGCGGGUCGUUUGGUUGGUGGAUCGCUUGGUUGGCCAAUGGAAUAACUAUUUAUUAUAAAGGUUUUGUGAAGAUAUAUUCUCCUUUGGAAGAGGGGUUCAGCGCUCGAGACUAUUACCCGCCUGGAUGGAUAGGGUUGCCGUAGUCAAGUCACACCCUAGUUCAUUCACACAGUAGUGCUGUCACAAUGAAGUCUAGCCACAUCUUAGUUUAUUCACACCUUUGUCCUGUCAUUAUGUAGUCUAGCCACAUCUUAGUUUAUUCACACCUUUGUCCUGUCACUAUGUAGUCUAGCCACCUCUUAGUUUAUUCCCAAUGUAGUGUUGUCACGAUGUAGUCUCGAGUCACAUUUGGAUUCAUUCACUCCGUAGUCAUGUCAUACUACGGUCCUGUCAUGCUGUAGUCCAGUCAUACGAAGUUAAUUGGUUU